AUGGAUAGUGACACAGAAAACGUAGAGUAUGGUGUUCAAAUUCAAGAAACUUCCACAUAUCCUUUGAAUAAUAAUAUUUUAUAUCGGGAACACGUAAAUCAAAAAACCAAACGUAGUUUUAGUUAUGUUAUUAUAAAAGAGGGUAUUUAUCCUGACAAGAUUGUUACUAGGCCAAGUAAUAAACAAAAAGAACGAACCGAAACUUUGCAAGAUACUAGCAAUAUUAGAAGGAAAAGGCAAAGUAAACAGUACAAAAUUCCACAUGGUUAUGUUACUUUAAAACUAAGAACCAAAACUACACUUUCAGGUUCUCUUGUAUUUGGGUUACAAUUAGAAAGUGUGUAG